UUGCAAAAAAAUAUUAAUGAAGCGUAUUUUUGUUGAAAUUUAAGUUGAAAUUUAGUCAAAUUAAAUACUCGCCAAUAAAUUAUAAUGUUAAGUAUCCAGUGUUUAUGCAUUCGUGUAAAACGUAUAAUGUGUGCACAAGUGUCAUCAAAGUUUUAUGCAACAACUGUAAAUCAUCCUACAGCAGGAAUAAUAGUUAUCGGAGAUGAAAUAUUGAAAGGACAAGUAAAAGAUACAAAUUCAUAUUACAUGUGUAAUCUAUUAUAUAAAUGUGGUAUUAAAGUGAAAAAGAUCUCUGUUAUAGGUGAUAAUAUUGAAGAAAUUUCAAAAGAGAUUAGAGAUAUCUCCAACAAAUAUACCUAUGUCAUAACAUCAGGUGGAAUUGGACCAACACAUGAUGAUGUUACAUAUGAAGGUCUUGCUAAAGCUUUCAAUGAUAAAUUACAUUAUCAUCCCAAAUUAGUUGAUAUAAUAAAAUAUCAAUUUGGGAUUAAUGAUCCUUCAUCCCUCGCUUAUAAAAUGGCUCAAAUUCCUCAGAAAGCAUCUUUAAAGUUUGGUUUGAAUCCAAGCACAGACAAACCAAAUACUUAUCCAUAUGUUGUAUUAGAAAAUGUAUAUGUUUUUCCUGGCUCACCUGUAUUUUUUGAAAAGUCCUUCCAAAGCUUGUAUCAGGAAUUGCUAUCAAUAAGUAAGAAAUUCAUAAAAGAGGAAUUAUUUAUUAAUGCUAGGGAACAUAUAUUUGUAAAUGCUUUAUCAACUGUAGUAAAAGAAUUUCCCAAUGUUACUUUUGGUUCUUAUCCUGUGAACAAUUGCAGAUAUUUUAAAGCGUUCGUGACUAUAGAGAGUGAUAAUGAAAGCAAUGUCCAAAAAGCAAAACAAAGAUUCUACAAGUUAAAUCCUGCAGAUAUUUUCGUAGAUUUUGACCGGACGCCACAUAUAGAUUGUAUUACAAAGUAUAAUAAAUUUCUUCAAAGUUGUUUACGUCCAUCGAUUUACGAGCAAUCGCUCGAAAAGCUUAGACAAUUGUAUCAGAAUUUCAACCACGUUUCAAUACAUAUUGAUGGUAAUAUAGAAUCAAGUAUCAUUAUUCAUCUUGCUUACAUAUGUAAAACUCAGUUACAUAUCAAUAAUAAAAAGUUACAAGUGGUUUACUUUAAAGAGAAACAAUCAACUGAUCUAGAAGAAUUCAUCGAGGAAAUGAUUGAUAAAUAUAAUUUAGCAAUGUAUAUUGUGGAAGCUGCGCCUGAUAAAAGGAUAGAUAAAUUAAUAUUUAUGCAACCGCAGUUACGAACGCUAUUAAUCGGCAAAAUCAAAGAAGUUGAAAAAAAUGAAGUUAACUAUAAUUCUAACAUGAAUAAUGACCAAUUGCAAAUCUGUAAUCUUUUACAUAAGUGGACAAACGAAGAUUUAUGGGUUUUAGCUUCGUCUUUGUAUCUGCCAUAUAAAUCGGCGGCUUAAAAAAAUGAAUUUCCGAAAUUUGAAAAUGUCUCUGACCGGAUAUCAUAUAAUAUUCGCAAGAACGAUGCACGUGAAUAAAAGCAACUUAGUAUUGUCUACGUGCAUUUUCGAUAUGUCUGCUUAGCCAUCCGAGCGAAACUGGAAUGUACAUGGAAAAGAGAAGUAGGAAAAGGGAAUGGGAGAAUUGUGGGGGGGUGGGGUGAAACUGAGGUAUCUCGCGAGGGUAUGAGCGAACUACAAGCUCGUAUUACACAUUUUUCAGUCGAAGAAAAGCCGGCUGGUUGGAAAGAGAAACAUCCUUAGCCUCUUCCAUUACUCUUUUAUCAUUUUUGUUCCAUUCUUUUGAAAUUUCAUUCCGAGUUAAAUUAUUUCCACUCUUAUUUGUCAGAGCUUUAAAAAUAGAACAAGUUACGGUAUUUUAUUGAUGACUAUCACGUUACAUCGCGAGUGCCCAAUCCAUUUUAUUCAAGCUUGUAUUUUGUUGGCAUCAUUUGUGUUUCAUAGAAACAACGAAAGUAAAAAAUUAAUAAUUUUAUGCAAAACAUCUUUCUAACGAUAAAUGGUAAAAUAUGCAUUAAUAUAUAUGCGUGCGCAUAUGCAUAGACGUCGCAGUACAUAUUCAGAAUGAGAAAAGAGAUGCCGAGAUAGUACUGGAGAUAGAAGAAAGGGAACGAAUGUAUAUUUCCAGAACAAAUAUUUACGCAAAAUAGGUAUAAAAAGAAUGUGUUUUCUGUUUGAUUUGCGACUGUAUUUUUCUUUCCGAUUCAAUAGUCCUCUGUUCUUCUUCCCUCGCCCUUGCCACCAUCACUCAAGCAACCACCCAACCACUCACUUACUCUCGACUAGCUCUCCCCUCUUUUGCACAUUUCCUCUCGCGGAUUCUCUGUGCUCGCGUUUGCGUAGGCGGACAAAAGAUGAAGAGAAGGGAAAAUUUUAUGAGCAGAG